AUGUUCCAGUACUUGUUUUUCUGCAUUUACUUUGUUGUCCAGCUCCAGCCAGUGUCUUCAAUGGCCCUGGACCCCUGCUCGGCCUACAUCAGCCUGAACGAGCCCUGGAGGAACACGGAGCACCGCAUCAACGGCUCUCACGGGCAGCCCACGUGCGACAGCGGCAUCGACGGCGAGUGGUACCGCUUCACGGGCAUGGCCGGGGACGCCAUGCCCACCUUCUGCAUCCCCGAGAACCACUGCGGCACGCACGCCCCCCUCUGGAUGAACGGCAGCCACCCGCGCCCGGCCGACGGCAUCGUGCGGCGCCAGGCCUGCGCCAGCUUCAGCGGCAACUGCUGCCUCUGGAACGCCAGCAUCGAGGUCAAGGCCUGCCCGGGGGGGUACUUCGUGUACCACCUCAGCAAGCCCAGCGUCUGCUUCCACGCCUACUGCGGCCAUUUUUAUGACAUCUGUGAUGUGGUGGAUUGCCAGGACUCCUGCCUGGACACCGGUGACUGCACGUGUUCCCCGGGUACGACACUCGGACCUGAUGGCCAGACAUGCCUUGAUGAAAAUGAGUGUGAGCAGAACAACGGGGGCUGCAGCGAGUUCUGCGUUAACCUGAAGAAUUCCUUCCGCUGCGAGUGCGGGGUCGGGCGCACGCUGGGCAGCGAUGGCAAAACCUGUGAAGAAAUUGAAGGCUGUCACAAUAACAACGGAGGCUGCAGCCAUACCUGCAUUGAAGUGGAAGGCACCUACCAGUGUGAAUGCCCCAGGGGUCUUGUUCUGGCAGAAGACAACCACACUUGCCAGGUUCCAGUGCUGUGCAAGUCCAGCUCUAUUGAGGUGAACAUCCCAAAGGACCUGGUUGGAGGCCUGGACCUUUCCCUCAUCAACACUUCAUGCAAAGGCGUGUCCAAUGGCACUCAUGUCAACAUCCAUUUCUCCCUGAAGUCCUGUGGAACUGUUGUAGAUGUAAUCAAUGACAAAAUCAUUGCCACCAACCUGGUGACCGGCUUGCCCAAGCAGACCCCGGGGAGCAACGGGGACAUCAUUGUGCGCACCAGCAAGCUGCUGAUCCCGGUGACCUGCGAGUUCCCGCGCCGCUACACCAUCUCCGAGGGCUACGUGCCCAACCUCAAGAACUCUCCCCUGGAAAUCAUGAGCCGCAGCCAGGGCGUCUUCCCCUUCACCCUGGAGAUCUUCAAGGACAAGGACUUUGAUGAGCCCUACAGGGGUGACCUUCCCACCCUCAAGCUAAGGGACUCCCUGUACUUUGGGAUUGAGCCCCUGGUGCACGUCAGUGGGCUGGAGACGCUGGUGGAGAGCUGCUUUGCCACUCCCACCUCCAAAAUUGAUGAGAUCCUGAAGUACUACCUGAUUCAAGAUGGCUGUGUUUCUGAUGAUUCCGUGAAGCAGUACACGUCAAAGGACCAUCUUGCCAAGCACUUCCAGGUUCCUGUGUUCAAGUUUGUGGGCAAAGACAACAAGGAGGUGUUCCUGCACUGCCGCAUCCUGGUGUGCGGGGCGCUGGACGAGAGCUCGCGCUGCGCCCAGGGCUGCCGCAGACGCGCGCGCAGGGCGGCCGGGCAACGGGAGGAGCGGCGGGACCAGGAGCCUGUUCACGUGGCAAACCACAUCCUGACAGGAGGCCCCAUCAGGAUCGACUUUGAGGACUGACAGCCACCCUCUGGAACAGCAUCCCUGGCCUUCCUUAUCACUGCCUUCUGUUGUGGUUGGUUGAGAAGCCAGAGGUAUUUGUUAAAGCCCCGCUGGAACCUCAGGACUCAUUUCCUUAACUCUGGGGUGAUUAUUUGUCAAGUGGUUUGGGCCCACGAGGCGGCCCUUGGAGUGUGACCUGGACUGCAGAGCAGUUUGGUUUUAUCUGCAUUUCUCCCCACCAAUCCUUUAGCUGAAGGGACUCUGUUUCUUCGCAGGCCGGAAAUGUUACCCAACUUUGCCUUUCCCUACAUCUACCUACAGGCCCCAGGACUGUUUGUCCUUGACUAAACAAAUGUUAUCCAAGCCCUUCUUGCAUCAGACAGUACAAAUAGUAUCAUAGCUGAGUGUGUUUGCUGUGCAGCUCUGUGAGUGAUGCUGAAGAUUUCAGGUGACUGUUAAUAGAAACCUGUAUAAAAUAUAUCUCAUCAUGUGUAAGUUUCUUGGAGCAAUGCAAUUGUCAUUACAGGCAGCUAAAGCUCAGAUCUAUCACAGGCACAUUUAAAUGGGAUUUUAAAUAGCAAAAGGUAUUUAAUGAGAUUUGAUUUUUUUAGUGGCUUUUAAUAAUUGCAUGAAGUUUAAUAGUGUUUCCUCCUGUAUUUAGUGUAUCAUCAUUCUUCUCCCUCUUCUCCCACCACCAAAAAUGCCUUUCC